AAUUCUCCACACAAUUCAGAGACACAACACGUACAAGUGACACAACUCCUUCCGUAAUCGUAAUUUUCGGCUUGCGAUGAAGCGCGUCCACGUGGAUAACUAUGCGCCCAAGUACUACAGCGGCAAGUGGUCGUGGGACUCGAAGAAGGACGCCCUACACUUUGAGCCGCACAACGAUCUGUCGGAUGCCAGGGAGCGAUACAUCACCACGAAUACCCACAAGUUUAUGCGCACCAUAAACCAGGAGGAGGAGCUGAUCUUUCGCCAGGAGUUCGUUCGGUCUGAGAGUAGCUUCGAUAAUGACACAGUCGUGAUAUACGAUAUACGCGAUCUGGUGCUGUUUCUGAUGCCGACUGAGUUCCUAACUUACAAAUUUGUCGAGUUCAUGCACAAGCCGGCUGUGUAUCGACUGCUCCAUUCGCUGACCAUCUACUUUGAGUACUACCUCCGGAUGGUGGAGUUCGUACUGAUACGACGGGAUGAGCUCUCUGGCCAAAUGGCCCAGAUUCAGAGCGAGCAAACGAAUGAUAUGAAGCGGGUAUUCUCUGUAUAUUUGAGUCAAUAUCGGAUGCUGGUGGCCCGCAACUACAGUGUGAUCAUCAAGGGCGAGGGCGACAUGGGGAAGUACUACCACAUGAAGGAGAUCGUCAACAUUUCGGCCACCAUUUGGGACAAGAACUUCCACGAGCAGUUCCUCGCAUGCAGCACUCAGAUCGUGUGGAUUGCGAUGCAUCGCAGGGCCUACAAUGUCAUCGAAAUGGAGAUGAAUCGGCUGUUUCGCUCCGAGCACUUUGUCACGAGUCGUCCGGAGUAUCUGAGCUUCACACCGGCGGAGCGGAGUCUUCUGUAUGGCCGCAACAGCAAGAUCGUCAAUUAUCGCACUCAGGUGUCGCCCCUCAUCCAGGAGCUGCAGCACAUUCAGGCGGAGGACCUGCCCAUUCUGUGGAUUGGGGAGCGCAAGUAUCGUGGCACUGACAUUCGCAUCAUGGAGAUGGAGCUGGAGUACAUUGUGCCGGGACCCCAGUUGCGUCUAAUCGACGUGGCCCAUGGUAUUUUGGGGCAUCCCAAGAAACUCUACAACACCCUCCUGGAGCUCGAUUGGCCCUCUGUGCGCUACUCGAACUUCUCCAAGCAUCACGACCCGUAUCACAUCAUUAGGCAGCCCCAUUUAGACAUCCCAAAGAUAGAUGCUAUGAAGAUGCGCCAAAUGACCGAGCAAUAUGAGCACUUCUACGAAAUCCACAACCUAUUCGAGACGUGCCAUCGCCAGGUGAUCUUCAAAUGGCUGCGUCGCGAGAAGAUCAUCAAGUUCUAUCGCUCUGGGGGUCUGCUCACGAACAUCGUCUCGCGCUGCGAGAAGGAGCUGGCCACCACUGCGCAUGGACCCCGCGUGGAUCAGAUAAUCGCCAAUUACUUCAAGGUCAAGAGCCGCCUGCGCAAGGAAGCGCAAAGCAGAGAAGGAGAUGAUGACACCGUGGCUUCCGGCCGCAUCGGAAAUAAUUCGCCCAAAGAAAAGAACCAGGUCGCGGAUAUGUUUUACGAUUAACAUUAACCUGAUUCGGGCAUCAGGGUUUCUUUGAGUUUAGUUUCAAAUUAUUUGUUAUUCAGAAAAGGGAAGAACUUUUAGUUUCGAACCAAAAAUGAUCAAAAAUAUGUCGGCUGUUAUCCCAACGAUUUCCGUUCCCAGAAGUCUUGGCAUCUGAUUCCAUAUCGUUUUAAAAGCCAUUAUUUUUUCCCAUCCUUAAGCUCCAGCCCAUUUGCCGCAAAGAUUAACGAAAUCCUAUAAAAAAGUUGUAUACAAUUUUAGAUUAUAGUAAAGUAUUAAAUCCACACCAAGAUCCAAUAAUGGCUAGAUCUGAUCAUAUAUGUAUGAA